AGGCUAUGGAGGACGUAAUCACGCUGGCUCACUUCUGCAUGAGUCGUGGAUCAUGAAGAUCUUGAUCGAAGAGUACUUCUUCUAAGAGGAAGUAGUUCAUCUUCUACAGAAGCUGCUGGAGUAUGCAGGUAAAACUGUGGACGGCAGAUCCUAUCCUAAUCCUAAUCCUCCUCUAGCUCUAAGAUCAUGGAAACUCCAGUUUGGAUCGCAAGAAAGGGAGAUCAGGGAACUUCGAGUAGUGAAACGAGAUGAUCAACCUAAGAAGUUGAAGUACUUUACAGUCAGAAGAUGAUCCAACACCUCGCUGAGGGCAAUUCAUCUUGAGGUUUUGGAUCUUGAGGUUUUGGAUCUUGAGGCUUUGGAUCCCUAGCUUCGGAGAAAGCUACUUUAGGUCCACCUCCAGUAAAGCUACUUCCGGUCAAGCAGGACAUUGUCUUUGUCAGGAAUUUAGCACUCUACAAGAUUUAGAUUCAAGACAACGACAUAGGUUCGUUUUGGGUAAGUCUAAACCUUCUUCUAACGAAGAUUGAAAGGUUCACUAAGCCACGACUACUAAACGCCUCUACUACUGCAACUAAGUACCUACGAAGAGCUACGUCAACAAGAAUCCUUCUACACUCUAGUGCGUGUUCUUUGUGCUUGUUUCUCUCGUUCUUUCAUCUACAACUGUGUAAGAAACAAGUGGGCCGAAAAAUCCUUCCUUUCUAAAAGUCCGUCCUUCCUUUCAGUUAUUUCGUGACGAGGAUGUUGUUUCUCAAUAAGAUGAAGUCCGUUUCAGUCGUUUUCUCGGUCCUCUUGGUGGUCGAACGAGUGCGAGCCAGCGAAGAGAGCCAAGACACAGCCUUGCCAGAGGAUGAAGAUCUUGACUUUCUAGAAGGGUUAGAUGACGACGCCGCAUCAAUGGGCACUCGAGCGCCCUCGUCUCCAGGAGACAAUCAAAAUCUGCCAGAAGAAAGUCCAGAUUUGCCGGUUGGCAGCCUAAGUAUGGACUCGUGGGGAGACAGCCAAAAUCAAGAUACUGACGCACCAAAUCCAAUGUUCAUCCCACCGCCAACCCUACUAAAGCCCGGCUUCAGGAUCGGAGAAGUACAAGACGUUGACGUGUCGUCACUUUUGCCGGAACAAGUCGUGCGGAAUGAGGUGGCAGCUCCACAGCAUUUUGAUAGAUCUGAUGCAGAUCUUCUUCAUCUCCUGAACAGAUCUGAUGAAGCUAGAGCUUUCUCCUUGGGAGAGGAUGAAAGAUCAGAUCCAGAUCUGGAUCGUGCUCGACCGUAUCGUUUCGAAGGUCGUGCCGCGAGUAGCAGCAGUACGACCGCUUUUCCUCGUCAGCUUCUUCAAGUUGAAGCCACUGGAGCUGCUAGGAGUAGCAGCUGUACUAGUACUGUGGUAAAGCGAUCCUUCCUCGGACCUCGCUUGAACAAUUGUCUUGUUGAGGAGGUGCAUCACGAGGUAAAAGCUAAAAUUCCCCUUGAGCUUGAUAGCAAUUAUUCAACUCCUGCGCACAGCCAGUCAUCUCCUGAGCACAGGCACAGUGGUUUUGCAGCAAAUAGCAUCAACUCCUCGUCCUCCGGAAGGUGGAGGGACGAAAGAUCCAGAUCUCCGCGUAGAGGGUCUCGCACUCCUCUGACCGACCGAAGUGGCAGUGCUUAUCUGGUUCGCAGUGAGGACUCCUCGACAGCUGCUUCUACGAAGAACGAUGCGUCUCCGUCUUCAGCUGCAUCAAUGGAAGAUGGGCAGGAGGAGCUUAACAAAGGUAGCACCAGCACGGACAACCAGGAUCAUAAGACGAGUAUCCGGCGGCCACAUUAUAUUAUAAAAUAUAUCCUUCCUCACUACAACAGAAGGACUGACUACUAAGCCAAGGGAUAUCUCCGCGAGUUGGGCCAGGCUCGCGAACGGAGGUAAAGAUCCUGCAGACGAGUGUGUUUACGGACUGAGCAUGGCGGGAGAAAGCGAAUAUGCCGCACAGACUCGCAGGCCUUUUCAAGUCCUCCUCAGCAGAGUCUGGCGCCUCCGCGUAUAACCCGAAGAGAAGAGGAUCAUGAAGAUAACAAAGAUAUUCUGAAGGAGCUUGGAAGUGUAUUGGAAUCGUCAGUACAGAUGAAGAUGAACAGGUGAUGUAGCAAGUUGUACUUAAUAUAUUCAUUAUAAUUUGUAGAAGAUCGAGAUCCUGCUGAAGCUGAAGUACUACAGUUUUUCUUGUACAGUACUGGCACGGUCGUGAAUAUUACUUGGAGAGAUGCAGGAGAAUAGAUUCUUUUUUUUUGAUGAUCCAGACGACCUUAAAUAAGAAGCACCAUAGUUAGUCUUGUACUUCUUCUCGGGUCCUCGGUAGCGCUAGGAUUGUACAGUCAAUAAUUCAUAAUUGUGUAUAUUUUUCGGAAGUAGUAGUAGCAGUACAGCAGAUGAAGUAGACAACAAGACCGGAUGAAGCAGUAUAAUAAUCGUGGCUAGAUUAAGGUUAAUAUCUUUCUUGGUGCACAAUCGCGCGUGCGGCUUUGGUUUUUUCGCGAUGCAACGAUUAAAAAGCCGAAUUUCAUCUUGAGCUGAUGAAAUAUCAUGCUGGUGAGGGCGGGUCGUAUUCAUCAGAACCGUUAAUCAUUCAAUAACAUUAUCGUUGACAAUUAUGGUCUACAAGAAAUCGGGAUAAUGAAGUGUUCUUUUUCUGUUUGGACAAGAAUUGAUUCCACAGUUGUCCUUGUCUUUGAGCAUCAAUGAAUAGUUUUUUCUAAUUCCAAAACCCAAUUAGUUGUUUUCGUUUUUUUACAUCAGCAUGCAUCACGGUGAUGUUGAUGUAAUGCUAUUUGGAAAGAUGAAGGUAAUUACGCAGUUUUUUUUGUUGACUCUGUAAACACUUUGUUCAGUAUAUCAGGAGGACGCGAUGACGAUGAUGACUGGGGUCGUGAUUUAUGGUUGACGCACUUUUGAGAGAGAAAACGAUGAAGAAGGGGGUUAUUUGUCGUGGGAAAUCGUAUAAAUUUUUAGCUCUGGUGACAGAUUUUAUUCCUCAGCACCACGUGAUUCGAAUUACUAUUGUUGUACAAGAAAUUGUAUCUUGUAUAGAGUCAAUUUUUUGACUUUGCAGAAGAGGAGCUUAUGCUUACAGCAAGCAGAAGAGAAGACGCUGCUCUAUCAGAAUAUGAAUGUCGCCUCCAUGAAACUG